AUGAUUGGUGAAGAACUUUAUGAUGCUGCAUCGAAAGGAGACGUAACAAAAUUUAAACAACUACUUCAACAAGAUCCAUAUCUUGUUGAAAGAGUUUCGUAUCCAUGUUCGAGAAAUCUUCUACACGUAGCAACGCUACGGGGCCAAGUAGCCAUCAUUGAAGAGGUGCUCAAGAUCAAUCCGGGGCUAGCUCGGAUUUCCGACUCCCAAAAAUCUUCUCCUCUUCACAUUGCAGUGGAAGAAGGGAAUCUUGAAAUCACGAAAAGAUUGCUAUCAGUAGCCCCGGAGAUGUGCUGGUGGCGAGACGAGCAAGGCCUGAACCCAGUUCAAAUUGCAGCCGUGAAAGGGCAUGUUGAGAUAUUGGAAAAGCUGCUUGAAGAGGAUCCUUUGCCGGUUAUGGAAAGAGGGCACCGCGGUCAAACUGUGCUGCAUUUGUGCGUGAAACAUCGUCAGCUUAGGGCAUUGAAGUUUUUGGUGGACAAGUUGGGUGACCUUGUGUAUGCUAAAGAUGAUGAUGGGGAGACCCUCUUGCAUUGGGCUGCUAGGACCAAACAAGUUGAGAUGGUAAAAUACUUGGUGGAGAGCAAUAAAGUAGAGAAGGAAUCAAAGAAUUCGAUGGGCAGAACAGCAGUGGGAAUCUUGAAAGAGAGCCAUGAUGACAGUGAAGGAAUCAUAUCAAUAAUUGCACCACCAAAAGCAAUGUCAUGGAAAAAAACAAAUCCAAUAUUACUCGAAUACUUAUCAAAGAAGAGAGAGCAGACAAUGGUGGUGAUGACCCUGAUCGCAACCAUGGCCUUCCAGGCGGCCGUGAGCCCCCCUGGCGGGGUGUGGCAGGAUGACACGUCAUCACACAGAGCCGGGGAAGCCGUGAUUGCAACCACUCAUCCCAAGAUAUACAAACACUUGGUACGAGCAAACACCACCGCUUUUGUCUCGUCUCUCAUCACAAUCUUCUUGGUCGCAGUUCCGUUUCCGAUCGGGCGCGGCGCUCUCUUUGUUUUCACCACCUACGUGAUGAGGGUGUCGAUGGCGGCUAUUUCGGUCAGCUACGGAGGUUCGGUGCUGGUCAGUGCGCCGAAUACGCAGACGCGAUCGCUUACCGGAAUCAUUAAUGUGGUCCUCGCCGUGUCGCUUGGCUUAUUCGGGAUUAAGCUUGUGCGGAAUAUUGUGAUGAUGUGUUGUAGGAGACUCUUUGGUUCGAGGUUCGUUGAUGAUGAUCUCUCGUACCUUCGGAGUGAGAAAUGAACUUAUUUGGGCUGGAUUACCAAAUUCUUCAUUUUCUUGUUGGAACACUUUGACUAUGCAUUAUGGAUGUUUAUUAUUGUGUGCA